UAUACCGCACUUUUCUCACUGAUCAGGAUCUCCUCGUGAAGGUCAGGACCUUCUAUCUGGUCACAGCCACUCCACCGCAGCGCAGCGCAACUUGCUUCCUUCUCCCGUCUCACAAGAACUACCCUAAGUACUUGGAAAGUGAAGGAUGUCUGCGUCCACUCCCUCUCCCAGCGACGCACCUCAAAGUGAUGUAGAUGCCUUCCUCUCCAUAGAGCUCAUAGAGCCUCCUUCCCCUUCUUCCUCCUCCUCCUCAUCUUCCUCGUCGUCAGUGGUGCCAACCUCGACGGACUAUGCCGCUUCCUCUUCCACGCCAGUAAGGUGGUACCAGUCCGCACGCGCCCCACGGAGGAUGGGGAACGCGGGGGAUAUGGGCUACGGAGGGUACACCAUCUCCAUUGCCGUCUAUUCUGCCUGCGUACAUGUCCUACCCUCUACACUACCGCCAGAAGAAGGAUCGCCGAGGUUCCGAAUCUACUCGGCUAGUGGAGUCUUCCUUCGACCUUCCUCUACCAAGAGUCGUUUUCUCACGAGGGUAGGACUGUUGAGGGAUACGAGGACUUUCAAGACGUGCGAGGUGAGGGUUUAUCAAGGGGAUUGGAAUGAUCUGAGGUUGUGCAUGACGGCCACUGUGGAUUUCAUGCUUGCCACGCCUACUGCCAUCAAAGGUCAAAGUCAGGAUCGAUCCAUUUUACAAUACUCUACUCAGCCCUCGAUGGAUGUAACGCACUACUCUCAAUUACAAGACGACUCGGAGACGUACGCUUCCCGAUCUGACCUACCUCCAAAGGGACUCCAAGCCUUUAAAGAAAUCUUUACUCCAGCUCACGCAAAUAUGCAAAGUAGAUCUCCACCUCAAAGUCUCUGGUUGCAAAAUGCAUGGGGAAUCCUAAAGCACAAGAAGACUACGCAGGAUUCUCUCCCCUUGGUGGAAAAGCGAGGAUAUGAUUGGAUGCGUGCUAGAGAAAAGUAUAAUGGGUAUGCCAAGCAAGCUGGAGCUUUAGCUUGGUUGAUGGAUGCGGCCAUUUCUUUUGCUCCUCUUAGCUACUCGCACCGAUUCUUGGACGAUGCCGCUGCUGCUUCUACACUCAGCUUUAAUAUGGCUUAUCAUGAAGAGGAGAUCCAACUGGAUGAGAAGUGGCAUUUGAGAGAGAUUCGCACCACGGAUGGGAGGUGGGAGAGGAGUACUGGGGAGGCAAAGAUUUGGAUUGAAGAGGAAGAGGAGGAGGGGAAGCAGAAGGGGAAGGGAGAGAUGCGAUGUGUGGCCACGAUGACGCAGAGUUGUGUACUCAAGGCCAAACCGGCAGCGCCUGCGAGCAAGCUGUGAAUAGAAUAGAGCAUGUAGACGGAUCGCGACUUCAAUCCAAGGGACACUCGUCAAACCUAAGGAGACGCACAAAC